AAUUAAUUUUCAGAAUUGUUUAUAUAAUUGGUCUGAAACAAUUUGUAGCAACUUGUGUUGGGUUAUAGUGGACAAGAAAUUAUGUGUAGCAACACAGGACUGGUGGGACUUGCAUAAAAGUGAUAGAAAAUUACUAAUAACCAUCAUUUUAGCCAGUUGUUAUGACCAAACUACAUCAGCUGAUAUUCCAAUUUUUUUACCUCAUUCAAGUACUAAGGUAAAUUAAUAUAUGUAUUUAUAUAAAAUCAGUGAUGUUAUAAUUAUGACAAUAUUAUUUAAUAAUAAUAAAUAAUUGUCAAAUAUGUACUAUAAACUGUAUUAUAGAUAGGUAUCUAGCAAAUAGUGGAAAUUAUAGUUACAUAAAAAAACUAUAUAAUAAGUAUCCUACCUCUUCAAAUUCUUUUCCCCUUACAACAUUAGCCCUACACACUUACACUAACAUGUAUGAAACACUUAAAAUUACUGACUUAUUUUGUUUAAUACAUUACUAAUUUAAUAGUACAAUUAUUAUUAUAGGAACUCAUUAUCAUCUUUAAAUUUAGUAUUAUAUUAUCAUUUAAAUAAUAUUUUGCAUGAGAUCUUAUUCAUCAAACAAUAUGUUAUUGUUGAAAAUCAUUUAUUUCUAUUUACAAUGCAACAUUAUACUUCAACAUUAAUUGUUUUCAGGUUCUUUUACGAUUAGUAUGUUGCAUGAUUGUACAAGGUGUAUGGGCAGCAGCUAUUUGUGGACCUACACCAAAUUUAGACGAUGUUGAAAUCAGUGCUGCUAAAAGUUUUAGAACAGUUAUAAAUAAUUUUAGAUCCAAUUCCACUAAAUUUGAAUUAACAUCUGGGUAACACUGAAUUUUAUAUUAAUACAAAUAUCAAAUUUCUUGAUCAUUACCAUUAUAAUAAUACACCAUUUAUUAAACUAUUGAUAUGUUUCAUUUUAGUUAUAUUAUAAUAAACACAAAUUCGUUCAAAUUUAUGCAAAAUUAUUACUCAAGUAAUGAUGUCCAAAAUGGAAUUAUACUUUUUUACAAUAAAAUUUCAUCACGUCUUAUGAAUGGUAUACUAUAUAUUUUAAAUAAUUAAAUACAACUUAACUGUACCAAGUCAAGUAUUACUUUUUACGCUCUAAGAUUUAUACUAUUAAAUUAAUAAGUUAAAUUUUAAAGCGUGUGUAUUUUAUAUUGUUUGCUAGAUGAUAUAAUGGCAAACGAAGUCUCAAGUAAGGGUAAAAAGUAUAAUUAUUAUGCUAUGCGCUCAAAUGGUAUUACAUUAUGUUUAGCAUAUCCAAAUAAACAUAAUAUGAUAACAAUCAGGUGAAUAAUUAUUUAAUUUUAAUUGUAUACAAUAAACCCAACAAUGAGUUAUAUUUCAUUUAUGCUAAAUAAAUUAUGUAUUAUUUAUUAUUUUAUAUAGGUAUUUAUACUUAACAAAUUUUUGUAUAAUAUAAAGCUAGUCACAUAUUACAGUUUUAUUCAUCCGUGAACAGUGUUUGUCAUAGUACAAACUAUUUUGUUUAUACUCUGAUAAACUACAGCUUAAUUCAUCUGUGAACAAGUAGAUACUAGUAAGACUAGUAAUCAAUAUAUUUUAACUAAAUUUUCAUUAAAGGUCGAACAAAAAAUCAGAAUAAACUUUUAAAUAAACAUUAUGAUUAUAAAUGUAUAAUGAUACUAAUUAUACUUAAAAAUUGUAUUUAUUUAUUAUUAUAAUUUAUAUUAUUCAUGUUAUGAUUGUAUUGUUAAAUGUUAAUUAUAAAUCUCAUGAUGAUUUAAUAAUAGACUAUAAUUAAAUUCCUUCAAUGAAACUCUAUUUUAUAGGUUAUAAACUAAAAUACAAAAAUAUAAAACUAAAAUUAGUAAAUAAAGAAUUUCAAUUUCAUUUCUUGAAUUAAUAUAGAAUUUAUAUUUAUUAACUAAUUUAAUAUUAUUUUGUCUUACCAAUUAGUAAUAGGAAUGACUAUAUGUUUUCUUUUUCAUAAGCAAUAUUAUUCAUUUCGUACAAAUAAGCAUUAAAUUUCCCUCUACUCCAUUCCAAACUUCUCACCUACAAUAGUGCCACACACAUGUGCAAAUUAUGUCAUGUAUUUCUAUUAUUAUAAACUUAUAACUGAUUUUGUGUUACAGAUAUUAUGCACAGCAAACAUUUCAACAAAUUUUAUCUGAUAUCAAUGUUUAGACUACUUGACCAAAUAUACCAUGAGAUUUGUAGAUGUAAUAUACAUCUACACAUAUUUUUAGAAGAGCUUAAAAAAAUAUUUUUUAGAUCAAAAUCUUUUGUCAAUUUGAAAUCUAAAUAGAUAAUUAUUAUAACAUAGAAUUAGCAAACAGAAUGCAGUAACAAAAUAGGCAGCAAAAUGUAGUCAUUAAAUAUGACAAAUUAUAUAUAGUAUACUAUGGUGGGAUUGAUAGGAUAGUCUUCAAAUCUCUUGAAUAAAAUAUUAUUUUUAGUUUUUUAUCUUAUAUGAAUGUACCAUCCAAAAUUUAAUAUUGUCACUUUUAGACUUAUUAAUUGUAUACAUUAUACAAUGUAUAUAUCUAUUAUUUACUAUUGUAAACUAUUGUUUGUAUUUAUUAUAUUUUAUAACAUAAUAUAUUUAGAAGUUUAUUUAUUUCUGUGAAAAAUUUUGCUCAGAUUUUCAAGUGUACCACUAUUUCUGAAAGGAAAUCCAACUGGGGUUGUACUUUAAGGAGGUAAUUUUUUGAUUUUCCUAUGCAAUUUCACAAUAUAUAGGGAAAAACUUAGAAAAAACACUGUUAAAGUAAUUUUUAACAAUUUUUUUAUUGAAUUUAUUAAUUUUAUGCUGCUUCAUACUGAAAUUGUCAAUAAUUUAUUUGUAAAUGUAAAUAAUGUAUCCCCUCUCCCCCAUGAUCUUGUAUUUCGUACCAUUGUUUCUUACUAUUAUAUAUUUAAUAUUCUUAUAUUUGUUUUAUAUGUUUUUUUCUCUCUUGUUAUCUUUUUAAUUGUUUAAUAAUUUAAUAGUUAUAUUUACAAUCUUUUGUAUAUUGCCUAACUGGCAUUUAAUUUUAUAAAUAAAUCAUUGAACUCUGAUCAGAAUCAGCAAUGAUUUCGUUGGCAAUGAUUAAUCCUUGCAUACAGAUAUACAUUGAAUUUACCCUCUACCUUCGUAACUUCUCACCUACAACAGUGGCCUAUCGUGCAAAGAUGGCCAUUUGUUUUUAUAUAUAAGGUUUAGUAAUCAUUGUAUAUUACUUGUUUAAUACAAUUAAAUAUUUUGCAUAAUUUAUUUUAUUUCUUUAAGAUAAACUUAGAAAAGUUGAAGUCAUAUUUCUAAUUUUACAGCUACCAUUCUUCAAUAAAUUGGCAGGCUUAAUAUAGUUCUAUAAUUUAACUAAGUACAACAUAUUUUUUAGAACAGCUUAAUGGAAGUAAAAUGAUAAAAUAAAAAUCAAGAUAAUUAUUUUAAUUUAUUAAAAUACAAAUACCAAAAAAAACAUCUUAAAAAUCUCAUUUGGUGUCGUACCACUUUUUUAAUGUAUCUGGUGUUGACAUUUGGUUUUUAUAUUUGUUAACUAAUUUUGUAAAUGUUGUAAAUGAUGCAUCAUUCUUUUUAAUAUUUCUUUUUAUACUUUUCACCUGAAAUAUAUGAUAAUAUUAAUAUUUAUAAAAAUAUUAAUUAUUUACUAAACAUACUUUUGGUUCUCUCUUUUUUUCAUUUCUAAUGUCUAGGCUACGUUUCUUUUUCAUGGUUAGUUUAUUCUUAGUUUUGACAUUUUUCUGAUGAGAUUCAGAUUGAAUCUUUAAUUUGAAUUUUGAUCGAAUCGCAGUAUGUCCCUGAAAUAUAAAAUGUAUACAUUUACACAUUUGUGUUGUACAAUAAAUAAUAUUUGUUUCAGUUACCUCUCUAGCUGUGAUUCCGGUAUAUUCAGGGAGAUCUGCUGUUUUCUUUUUUGAUAGUUUUUCAGCAGUUUUAUUUUUUUUAUUAAUUUCAGUUUUAUUAAUCUUUUUAUUUUUAUUUUCAGUAUUUGAGAGCUGUUUGUUAAUUAAUGGAUUACAUGUUUUACUUUUUUCUACUCUUCGUUGCCUUGCUUGUAAAACAAGUCUAUUUUCAAUAGAAAAUGCAACAAUUGGUCUCUAAAAUGAUAAUAUCAAUGAUUAAUCUUCUGAAAUAAUAUUUGUUACUAUUUUAUGAAUCUUUAAAGCUAUAGUGAGUAUAGUAUAGUAUUAUAUCUGCAUUUACUACAUUGGUCUGUACAACAAACAACAAUAGAACACAAUUUUGCUAUAUAACAGUGAUGUUUAAAAUGAAUAAUAUAUUCAAGGCCAAAUUUAAUAAGAACAUAUGUUUGAGUUUAAUGUAUUAUAAAAAUACUAGAAUAUUUGAUAUUUUAUUCUUAAAUGGAAAACUAUUUCGAUUUAUAACCUCUAAAGUCAAACUUCACAUCAAAAGUUUAAAGUUAUGUUAUUUUUUAGACAGACCAACACAAUAAAUGUGGGUAUAACAUACUCUUACGAUAGGUUAGGUUACACUGGGUGAUUCUUUUUCUAUUGAACAUUCAUUAUUUCAUGAAGUAUACACUUGAAUAGAGCUUUACUGCUUUCCCCCUUCCCAAACCUAAAAGUAGAAUAUUUCUCAUGAACAAGUUUACGGAAAACAAUUUUUUUUAGUCUAAGUAGUGGAAUAAUGGGUGUUCAAUGAUAAAAGAAUCACCCUGUAUAUGACAAAUGAUAUUUUCAUAUAGAAAAGUAAAAUUUUAAUUACUAAAUUAGUUUUUUAAUUAAUUAAUUAUAAAAUAAACUAAACUUUAUUUGAAUUAAAAAUGUUUGGAUUAUUAUUAAUAGCUCUAAGUGCUUUCAAAGCAUCUUCGUGAUCUUUGAAUGUAACAAAGCCAUAUUCUUUUGAAAUGGCUACUCCACUAGGAUCCACCUUUUUCAAAUUUCUCAUCACAACUGCCUGAAAUAUAUGUAAUUAAAACAAACAAUUUAAGAUUCCGAACAAAGUAUAAGUGAAGCAUUGUAUUAUUAUUCCUCUUUUUUAUAGGUUAUAAAAAAUAAAAACAUUACAAAAUUAAGGUAAAUUAAAAUUACAAGAAAAAUAUUAGCAAAUUUUAAUUUUAAAUAGUAAAAUCCGGGUCAUAAGUACUACAUUUGGGUAUUUCCUUAAAUGAAGCCAUUCAUGUACAAAAUAUAUUAUCUAAUCACAUAUACUUAUUAUAAAAUACCACUUACAGAUUGUAUAUUUUCAAAGAAAUGUAAAAUAUAUAUAUAUAUAGUAUACUACACUGUAUAUAUAUAUAUAAAUACAGUGUGAUCACGAUUUAAGGUAACACUAAAUUAUCUUUAGCGGAGGACCUUAUAUUGAAAUGGAGUUUUUGGGAGGUGAUAAGAAGUACCUAAAUACAUAUUUUCAGAUAAAUUUCAAAUUUUUAAUACUUCUGGUAUGCGCAUGCGCAAUACAACUUACAUUUUUUUAAAUGGAAACACUAUUUUUUUUUAAACAUUUUUUGUAUUCAAUGUUUUUUUCUAUUUAUAAAACUGACCAAGUUAGAGUAAGUCAAAAUUUGGAUUUCUGUAUAAUUCGUGUUUAAUGAAAUUUUCAUUUAUAACCACUGGAAAUACUAAAAUAAUUGUGAAAUAAAUGUUCAAUUUACUUUAUCUGUUUACAAAUAAUAAUUUAAAAAUACUGUUGGUCACUAGAAUGUAUAAUGGUAAUAGUAAUAUUAAUAUUAUAAUAAAAAAUAAAAUGUAUUAAAUAAAUUUAUCAUAUGAAUUGUUCAAAAUUUUCACCAUUGUGUUCUAAACAUAAUUCAAUUUGUCUCAAAAAUUCAGUCGAAGUUGCCGCCUUAAUUUGCUCCUCACUUAAAAUAUCACAUGCUGCCUGUAUUUUGUUUUUUAAGUCCUGAAUAUUGACAGAUGGAUUUGCAUAAACCAGUCUUCCAUAAGUACCAAUCCAGCGGUUUGGAAAUAUUUAAUUUAAAUAUUGUCUAACAAUAAUUGCACUGUGGGCUGGUCCUCCAUCAUGCUGGAAAAACAUACGGUUCCGUGUGUCUAAUGAAAUAUCAUCCAACAGUCUUGGUAAUUCGUUGGUUAAGAAAUUGAGAUAUUGUCUGCCAUUAAGCGUACAAUCGUAAAAGAACGGUCCUAUUAGCUUUCCAUCAACUAACCCACAUCAUACAUUAAUUCCCCGAACCAUUUGAAAAUUAGUUUCACGUGACCAGUGUGGGUUUGUGUCAUCCCAGCAUCGAUGAUUUUGUUUAUUCAUAAAGCCNUUGUUAGUGAAUUUUGAUUCAUCCCUCCAAAGAAUAUGAUUGACAAUUAAAGGGUUAUCAUACAAUUUAAUAUAGAACCAAGCUAUACAUUCCAACCUACGAAUAGAAUCUCUUCCACGACAAAAUCGAUUUUAUAUGGGUGCAUUUUGUGUUUUUUUAGAAUUUUUUGAACAUAACCAUAUGAAACGCCAAUUUCGCGAGCAACAUUCCUAAUUGACGAACAUGGAUUACCUCUUAUGUAUGCUAGUACCUGUAAUUCUGUAUCGUCAUCAAACAUAUUUGCUCUACGCCUUUGUUGAAUUAUUUGUCUGCCAGGAAAUCUUCCUUCCUCUUUUAACCCUUUUAAAAGUCGUAAAACAUAAUUAUAAGGUGGAUGGUACUUUUCUGGGUAUCAUUCGGCAUACUUCAUAGCAGCUAGGCGUAUAUUACAUUGACAUUCGCAAUAAAUUAAAAACAAUUCAACUUUUUCAGCGUUAUUCAUAUUUAAAAAAUUAUAAUUUAUAGAAGCACUUAAUAACCAGACAUCCACGGAUAACGCACACACUUUAGAACGGGUCUAAUUACAGAAUAAAACUAAAAUUAUAAUUUUCAUCAAAUUAAAUGCCUUAUUAUCUGAUUAUCUUAUCGUUAAAUAAAAUAAAAUUCCACUAAAAAAAUAGUUAAAAUUGUAAUCGUAUUAUUGCAGUUUACUGAACAAAAAUUAUUACAUAUUCGAGAUAUUUAUUCUAGUGACCAACAAUAUUUUUAAAUUAUUAUUUGUAAACAGAUAAAGUAAAUUGAACAUUUAUUUCACAAUUAUUUUAGUAUUUCCAGUGAUUAUAAAUGAAAAUUUCAUUAAACACGAAUUAUACAGAAAUCCAAAUUUUGACUUACUCUAACUUGGUCAGUUUUAUAAAUAGAAAAAAACAUUGAAUACAAAAAAUGUUUAAAAAAAAAUCAUCUAUCCGAAUAUGUAGAAAAAAAAAAUAGUGUUUCUAUUUCAAAAAAUGUAAGUUGUAUUGCGCAUACGCAUACCAAGUGUUAAAAAUUUGAAAUUUAUCUGAAAAUAUGUAUUUAGGUACUCCUUAUCACCUCCCGAAAACUCCAUUUCAAUACAAGGUCCUCCACCAGAGAUAUUUAGUGUUACCUUAAAUCGUGAUCACACUAUAUAUAGUAAAAUUUUUAGGAAAUGAAGGUAAAUUAAUAAAUUUUAAAAACUAAACAUUUAAAUUAAUUUAUGGUGGUAAUUUGUUGGAUAAAAUAAUCAAUAUGAAUGCGGUAUAUUGAUAAUAAUUUGUACUUACUUUUAAUACUGCAUUAGGACGAGAGUACUUUGAAAAUAAAUCUUUUAAUUUUUUAUUAUCUAUGUUAGCAGGCAAGUUGUGAAUAAUAAGUCUAUUACGAGCCACAAACAUGUUUAAAUUUUUUAAAACUUGAGAUUUCCAUUGUUCCAACUGUAGACGUUUGUUCAUAUCAUGAACAGAUACACCAUUUGCAGCUGCUGUACCAACGAUUAUAACUACAACAUGAAUUCAAGAAUUAUAUAUUCAUCAAAUACAAAAUAAAAAUGAUUACAAUAAAAAUAAAUAUCAUCUAUAUACCUCCUUCCUUGAUCAAAUAUAAAUUUCUAUUGUCAUUAUGAAUAAUCUUUCCUUCUUUUGAUUUAUCAAGAACAUCUUUAUCAAUUGCCAUUUGAGGUUCCAUUGUAGAUCCAGAUAGAGUUAGCUCUUCGGGAGAACAAGUCAUACAAGUAUCUACACUACUAGUAUUCUAAACAAUUUGCAUAUAAAUAUGUAUACCAAUUAAUAUUUUUGUAAAAAAACAGUAUACUUCAAUUUGUAUGAAAUAAUGGCACUUAGAAGAUUUUUAAUUAAAAAAAAAAUGAUGAAUGCAAAAACUUAUUAUAGUUGUAGUAUUAAAUUUAAAAUAAUUUAAUACAUAAAUUAUGAUUACUUCAUUUAAACAGAUAAUUAAAUUUGACAUAAAAUUUAAAAACCUAACAAUAUCUUUAAAAUAUUUUAGAAUAUUUGUUGUUACCAAUCUUAAGUGUAGCAAGGAAUAUAUAUUAGUUUUACUAUGAUUUAUACUUAUUGUUUUGUAUCUAGUCUAUUUACAACUUAACUAUCAAAAAUCUUGCUCUGAUUAUCAACUAUAGGGAUGUGUUUUUGGUAUCACGUUUUGUAUUUUUGGUGUAUUGGAGAGGUCAUUGAUUGAUUUUCUUUAAUAUAUGAAAAAAAAAAAGGGAAUUUAGGCAAUAGAAUUUAAAAUUUAAGUUUCUAAUACCUAUUUUAAUUUAUUUUUUUAAUUAUAUUUCAGUUCAAAAUAAACGUAGACUUAAAAUUUUCACCAAAUACUUAUAAAAACACUUUUUAGACAUAAUACAAUUUUCAAAACAUUCUUGCUCUUUUUAUUUGGCUUUAAUGUCUAACAAUUUGAUAUAAGAUUCAUCAUAUUUUGUUUAAAUUAACUUAAAUUUAAAACUUAUUAAAUAAUGUUCAAACAAACUUCCCUCAAAGUCAAUAAAUAUAAAUUGAAUUAACCUUUAUAUCCUACAUUUCUAACUUCCAACCUACAACAGUGGUAUACCCUUGAUACAAAGUAUAUUGGCUUUUUUUAAUGCAUUGGAAUAAUAAUUAUUUUGAACUCAUUUAUUUAAUAUUUACCCUAAACUUAACAAAAGCUGUUCCUUUAGAAUGCUCUGUUAAACGAUCUACACAGAUAAGUGCAUAGUAAAUAGGUCCAAAUCGUUCUUUCAUAAAUCGCUUUAGUUCUUCAUUAGUAACACUAAAUGAUACAUUUUUAAAGAAAACUGUUAAACCCUCUUUAGUAUCAUGAGAUUUAAAACGCUUUUUAUUUUCAGUACAAAUUACAGAUUCAUCAUCGGUAUUUUUUCUUUUGUUUUUAUCAUCAUAUCUAAAAACAUACAUAGGAAAUGAAUUAUAUUAUUCAGUAAUUAAAACUAAUGUUGUAACUUACUCAAAAUGUGAAGUCUCAAAAUCCACCAAAUUUUCAUCUUCAAUUUUUGUUGUAUCAAGAGUCAGAUAAUCUUCAAUAGUUUUUGAAGGUUUUUCUUUUUCAGCUUGAUCAUCAUCUGAUAAAACUUCUUCUUUAAUUUCUUGAUCUACUUUCUCAGUCUCUAUAACUAGUUCUUCUUUGACUAAACUAUUUUCUUCUUUAGAAGUAUGAAUAGUUUCAUAUUUAUUUUUAGGUAUAGCCCAAUCAACAACAAUAGAUCGACCUUUUAAAAAUAUAUAUACCUUAUAAUUAAAAAAUAAUAUUUUAAACUAGCUUUUUUGUACAUAAAAACUAAAAGUAUCAACUAAGUACAAAACAGUUUUAUACUUAGGUACUUAAAAAUUAAUUGAAAAAAAUCCCAGUAUAUAUUAUCUUGCAUUAUUAACUUCCAAUGUACCAAUAAAUUAAAAAGUUUAUAUAUUAGUAUUAGUCAGGAAAUCAUUAGAAACUAAAACAAUAAAUAUGAUCAUCCAAAUGGAUUUUUAUAAUAAAUUUCAAGUAAAUCGGGGAAUAAGUUUAAAAGCCAUGACAACAAAAAUGUAAAAAAAUAAUUGUACAGAUUAGAUUGAAUGUGAUAAAUGGUUUUUUACAUUUUUUUCUCCACAAUAUCUCUUUCCACCUUUCAACAAAUGUGACCUAUUUUCAACUAAAACUAAAUUGUCUGCAAACAUAAUACAUUAGAAUGCUUCACUCAAAAUCUUAACAAUAACAAAUGCAAGCAAGUGUGGACUUAAUACUGACCAUUGAUGAACUCUUGUUUAUCAAAAUAGGUACACUUUUUAUAUUUAUUCUCACAUUUUCAACCCUCUUUUUUUUCAAAAUCUUCUAUAAUACCUCACUAUCGUCUCUACUAUAUGAAACUUUUUUUUUUAUGUAUCAGUGGUAUUACACAAAAAUAAUAUUUUAAACAAUUGUCAAUACUUGCCUGAAAAAUCUUUUCCACUGGUAUGGGCAAUUGCUUUAGCAGCAUUUUGCUUAACAGCAAACUGUACAAAGCCACAACCAAUUAAUUUUCCAUCAGGUUUACGAAGAAGUUUAAUAUCAUUUAUCUCUCCAAAUUUAGAAAAAUGUUCUUGCAGUUCCUUUUCGUUUGUCUAACAAUAUUGUGAAAAAAAUUAUAAUUUACUUAUAAACAAUUUUGUAUAUCAACAGAUUAUAAUUUUUGAAAUAGGUAAUUAAAAAAAAUUACUAUAGCCACAUAAUUUUAAAAUCUUAGAUAACUUUGAUUUCAAAACUUACAGUAAAUGGAAGAUUUCUUAUAAUAAGUCUUCCACGCCGAUUGUUAAUUUUUUUUGGCAAUUUAUUUUUUGCAAAAAAUAUUUUAUUCUUCAUCCUUAAUGUAGGUUUAGGUAAAUAAAAAUAAAACAGUAUAAAAAUGUAAUGUUUUAUUUAAUAUAUUUAUAUUCAACAUUUCGCAUAGUCACAUGUAAUUUUAUCAUUAUUAUCUUUGAAAGAUAUGUUAUCAUUAUGACGAUUAGAAAUCAAAGUAUCGGAGUGACCACAUUAGCGAUAAUACGAAACUCAUAUUUUAUCCAUGGUAUGGUCAGCUGCUUAUUUUGGCAUAAGCAUAAUACGAUGGACACGAACACGCAACUAUUUUUUCUUAGUAUAUUUGUCUGUGGUCACAAUUUAACGAAUUCACAAUACUUAUAAGGAAGUCUACUUUGUGUAGCAAUUAACAUAAUAAAUUAAUAAAUAAUAUUUCUACGUUUAUCGUAAUAUUUUUGUUUAUGGGCCGUGCGACUAUCGGUGUGGUAGUAUCUGUAAUCUUUAUUCCGUGGUCCAAGAUUUUCAGUCUUUACUAUUCAUUUGAUCGAAUUUCUGUAGUUUUUCUUCUUACGAUUAUUAAAUUCAGUUAUUUAAAUAUUUGUAACAAAAUAUCUAAUUUAACACAUGCAAUACAUUGGAAAUGUACUUACUUCUGCUGAGUGCUGAUGGAUUAUGAUGAUACUGAUUGCUGAAGAGUGCUUUGCAUGCUUAUUAUUUUCAUUACACGGAAGAAAAUAAUUUUAGAGAGUAAUAAUUGUUGUCCCAGAAAAUUAUGUAGACUAGAUUUGUGUGUGUUCGAAUUUUUAUAUACUGUGUAAAAAAAACAUUGAACAACUUGAACAUGGAGUACCUAAUUGAUGUAAAAAUUUAAAAUGGUACCAUUAUUUGGUAUUUUUAUCAAAUCACUAAUUUGCACCCAUAGACUUUUAAAACUAUUAUUUAAUAGAUUAUUAGUAGAUUUUUCGAUCUUAUAUUUUAGUUAAUUGUUAUAUUGUAGCUUGGUUUAUUUGAAAUAUGGUGGAGGACAAAAUUUUAUAUACUUUCCGAGGAUGGUUGGCUUUUGUGGCUUUCAUGGAUCUUGGUGUAACAUUCAGGUCAUUUUUUGAGAACAAAUGUAUCAUUGGAACCCGAUCAAAUUUACAUGCAGAUGAAAACUUUAUACAUGGUACCUACUUUUAGUAUAACACGUUUUACUUUUUGAUUUUACCUGACAAUGAAUUGUAAUACU